AAUAAUAUUCAACGUAAAAAAGUUGAAAUAGAAUUUAAAGAAGAGAUAGAAAUGCUUUACAAUAAUUUUGAAAAUAGAAAAUUUAUUCCAAAUAAUGAUUCAUUUUCUAAUUAUCAAUUAAGUGGGGAUUCAGUGAAGACUAUUGUAUUAAAUUCACUUAAAUUGGCUAUUGGAAAUUCAUUUUCACAAAUUACUGAUUAUGAAAUUUCAUUUUAUGCUCUCGGUUUAGACUCUUUAUCUGCAACAAAAUUAAGAGGUAUUCUUCAAAACCAAUUUUCAGGUAUCAAACUUCCUCAUAAUAUAAUUUUUGAGCAUAAUACAGUUCAAAGUCUUACAAAUUAUUUGAAAGAGGAAUUAUCGAAAAAUUGCAUUUCACAAAAUAAUAAUAAAGAUGAUUAUAGUUUUCCUUACUUUAAUGGAAUUGACGAAGCUGUAAAUGAAAAAGAUGAAAUUAUAAAUGGUGAAACGGUUCUUAUAACAGGUGUUACUGGAUCUCUUGGUUCUUUCAUUCUUCGAGAUUUAUUAAAAAAUCCAAAUGUACAUAAAGUUUAUUGUUUAGUGAGAGCAUCAGAUGAAAAUCAUGGAUGCUCUCGAUUAGAAGAUUCAUUCAAACAGCGUCAUUUAGAUACUUCAUUAUUAUUUAAAGAUCAUGUUAUUAUAUUACCAUGUGAUUUAGGAGAUUCGAAAUUUGGACUAACUGAAAAUAUUUAUUCAAAACUGGUCCAUGAAGUAACACAAAUUUAUCACGUUGCUUGGAGAUUAGACUUUAAUAAUAAAAUUGAGUACACUAUUAGAUCAAAAACAAAUGUUAAAGAGGAUGAGUUACCUGGUGAUAUUUCGAAUGCAAUGCUUAAUGGUUACGGGUUAUCAAAAUUCAUUACUGAACAU